GGCCAAUGGGGGUCCGAGGACCAUUAUGAUGUAACUAGGGGCGAGCGUCCAAUCGCGAGCGCCGCUGAGGCCGGAGCGUGACAGUUCCCCCCUUCUCCCCGGCAGUGAUGGAGGAGGGGGCGAGGAAAGAGGUCUUCCUCGCGCAGGGAGAAGGCGGCGAGGAGGAGGAGGAGGAAGGCCGCGGGGAGGGGGCGGCGCCGGAGCCCCUCCAACCGGAAGUGAGGGUUGCCAGGGGCAGCGCCGCGCGGACGAACCGGGCGGAAGCGGAAGCGGCGGCAGCGCGGGCCCCUCGGAGGGCACUGAAGUGGUGCACCUCGGGGGUACUCUGCGCCGCCUUCUUAGGCCUGGGCAUGGCCAUUGCUAACCUGGGGCCCACAUUUCCAGACUUGGCGGCAAAUGUGAACAGAAAUGUCAGUCAGAUCUCUUUCAUCUUUAUAGGCCGUUCCUCUGGGUAUUUUGGUGGCACUUUAAUUGGCGGAUUACUCGUCGACUGCAUGAAUGCCAAAAUUCUCUUGGGCUUUUCUAUGCUGGCUACAGCCAUGGGCCUGUAUGCCAUCCCAUGGUGUAAGACAGCAACCUUGCUCACAGCCAUGAUGUCUGUCAUUGGUUUUUCAAUGGGAGUCCUGGAUACAGGUGGCAAUGUUACGGCUUUGGACACAUGGGGGGUGGAGGCUGAUCCGCAUAUACAAGCCUUACAUUUCAGUUUUGCCCUUGGUGCUUUUAUGGCCCCAAUCCUUGAUAAAAUGGUAUUGGGUGGCUCUGCUGUGGAUCCGCAGGACCAUCUGGGCAGCACAAGUGACCAUCCUGUGGACUCUCCUGUGUCAUCAGAGAAGCUACAUUUCACCGUGAUGUUAUCUUAUACUGGGAUAGGCACUUACAUCUUGCUCGUGGCAUUGUUUGUCUUAUAUUGGAGGAGCGGUUCUACUCGCGACAGGAGGAAGUCUUCUGCACAGCAAUACAAGAUUGCCAAAUACCACUAUGCCCUCCUAAUUCUGCUCUCUAUAUUCUUUUUCUGGUACGUCGGAGCAGAAGUUGCCUAUGGGGCUUACAUUUUCACUUAUGCCAAGACCUAUGUGGGCAUGAAGGAGAGUGAAGCAGCAGGGUUGAACUCAGUCUUUUGGGGGUCCUUUGCAGCCUGCAGGGGACUGGCAAUCUGCCUGGCCAUCUGCUCCCGGCCGGUGUCAAUCAUCGUCCUGAGUAUCAUAUUCUCCACCGUGUCCUCCUUGACCCUGACCCUGUUCAACACACACCCGGUCUCUCUGUGGCUUGGCUCUGCUGUAUAUGGAGCAUCACUGGCCGCCCUCUUCCCCAGUGGCAUAUCCUGGCUUGAGCAGUACACCACCAUCCAAGGGAAGUCUGCCACUUUGUUUGUCAUGGGUGCUGCCAUGGGGCAAAUGUGUAUUCCUGCUGCAGUUGGCUUCUUGCAAGGACACUACCCUGCAGUCCCAGUGCUUAUAUACACUGCACUGGUAUCUGCAAUCAUGACAGACGUGCUGUUCCCUGUGCUGUAUAAAUUAGCAACAUCCCCAAGUGAUCCUAACCGGAAAGGUGCUGGAGAUAGGAACCUCAGUGAAGCAUUGUUGUUCAACUCUCACCUUGAGGAAGAGGAUGAGGAGGUCAAGGAAUGGAAUGAGGUAGACUUUGAAGUAAUUGAGAUGAAUGAUAUGUGGCAGAAUUCGGUCAUUGAAACAUCUACGAACAUCCAAGGGGCGUCUGCAUUAGAGCUCUCUUCUAGAUCAAGGGAUGUAGUGCCUACUCUAUAGGGCAUGGCCAUUGCUAUCCUGGGGCCCACAUUUCCAGACUUGGCAGCAAAUGUGAACAGAAAUGUCAGUCAGAUCUC